CCAAAAACCCUCAAGCUUGACAGUUAGACACACAGGAACACACAGUGAAAAAUCCCUUUUUGGCUGUGCUUUGGCGGCGAUUUUUGAAUUUCAAACCUAGAAUCGAAUGGGGGAUUCUUCUUGUUUUCCAAUGCAGGGCGUUGAUGGUGAUAGAGAGGUGAGCAUUGCUCUUGCGUUUGGGGGUUCGGUGUCCUUCGGGAGGUUCAUGUCGGAGUCUUUGGAUUGGGGGAGAUGGUCAUCUUUCCGCCAUAAUCGGCAUUUGGAGGAGGUUGAGAGGUACGCUAGGCCGGGAUCUGUUGCUCAAAAGAAGGCCUUUUUCGAAGCGCAUUACAAGAAGAUGGCUGCUUUAAAGAAAGCUGGAUCUUUGGAAGAAUCUGUUGAUGUAAUCAGUGAAAAUCAAGAAGAAUCAGUGGACAUGGCUGCAGGAUCGACUGACGAGGUCACUGGGAAUAAAUGUGAGGAGCUUAAGGUAAUGCCCAAUGAUGAAAGACCGAAUCUGGCUGAUGAAAAUGGUGGUUUAGAGGGUGAUCAUGAUCAUGAAGUGGAUGAGAACCAAGGUCCUGAGGAAAAAGAGGAUUUUUCUUUCACAGAGUCUGCAUCUGUGAUUCAAUCAUCAUGUGGUGUUGAAGAUAUAGGAAAUCAAAUUAGUGAAUCAGCGAUUUCUCCAUUGAAGGAAAUAUUUGUUGCUAAUCGGGUGAGUCUUGGAGAUUCAGCAGAGAAGAAGCCGAGAAUUUCUGUACUGAAGUCACCAAAUCCUGGUAGUAAGCCAUUCAGGUUUGCAACUUGCGUGGCAUCCAAGCUCUCACCUUCUUCAGUGAAACAUAGUCCUGCCUCUAAGGAUUGUGCAAAAGAAAACAAGUUCACUCCCACUAAUUACAGGGCAAGGUGUUCUAGUGAAAAAAUAAGAUCGAAUGCAAAAUCUAUACAUAGGUCAAUGAAUGUAUCUGAAUGUCCAAGGGGAUCGGUUGCCAAACAUUUCUCAACCAAAGCCCCAUCAAUUCUUGAGAAGGUUCAACAAUUUGAAGCCACUAGCAACUUCUCUAAGGCUUCAAAUCAUCGUUUGUGCCCAUACAGAAAAUCAGCACAGCCAUCUGGCCAUAAUGUGUCUAACCUUUCUCCAGUAACCCAAGACAGUGCAAGGGCUAGAACUCCACUGGUAAAAACAUAUUCUGGGAGAAGAAAAGUGGACUUGGAAUUGCAAAACCUUACAAGCAAUUGCUCUAAGCUUUUAAGCAUUGGAGGGACCAGAUCAAGAAUGCAAGCUACAUCUUCUUCUGCUAGCUGUAAAGCAGAUGAGAGGGCUGAAAAACCAUGCAAGGAGGCUUUUUCUAGUUUGGAAAAUAAAUUCUGCACAAAGGAAGUGAAGAAAAUACAAAUGCAAAGAAAAACUACAGAAAAAACAGAGAGUAGAGUCGCAAAACUACGGCAAAGUUUUUGCUCUAGGGUGACACCAAUGAUAGAUUUCUCUCAAAAUUUUGAACCACCAAAAAAUGAGAGAAAGAAGAUUCCACUAACACAGCCCCGAUCUCCAAAACUUGGAAGAAGAAAUAAACCUGCAUUGAGUCCUGGGUCAAACUCAUUGAUGCCUCUGACACCUACAAUAACAGAUGGAUUAAUUCAUUGUGCCGGAAAAAGUAGUCAUACACCAAGGCGUCCUGCUAGUUCACUACUCAACAAACGCAAUUAACAUCAUAUCCAUUUCAAUUUGGUGUUUUAGUUCUCAGUUUGAUAUUCAAGUGGACAUCAAGCAGAUUAUUUCUUGGUGGAAUCAAGUCCAGCUUCCAGAGAUAAAUUUACAGAGUACUGACUCUGUUUAAUGGUAUGAUUUCUAUUGUGCAUUUACUUUAACUUUCCACGGUCAAGCUAGUAUUGCAAAAUUUGCUUUAGUCUACUAUAUUAUUAUAGUUCUUUGUCAAGUGUCAAUGUAUUCCUGUACAUAUUAAAUUGUAUUUAUUAAUGUGUUUAUUGUGCAGUAGAUUGUUUGAUAACUUCACGCUUGACCUUCCCUGCUUAAAAGAUCCUCCUCUUUUCCAGUUACAUUGUCAAAUUGUCUACAGUUAUGAAAUAACUUGUACAAACCGUAGGUGCCAUAUAGAUCGUAGUAAGAGCCAUCUAUUACCCUGCAUUGUCUGUCCAGCAUCCAAAUUAGUAAAAUUUGAAUAAUCUUUUAUGAUAUAUUAUAACCUAUCCAAUUCAUUCUUGGAAUUACUUCUUGCUCAGCUGCUAAUGAGAGUAUGAGACCUUGACAUGGACAACAAAUGCAUGCAAUGCGCUUGUUUUUCAAUGAUCUAACAUCAGCGCCAACUAAGAAACUUAAUAUUACGUAAUGAAUGCAAUGGUGAUCAACUUAUAAAGGUUUCUAUCUUUUUUUGUAUGAAUUAGUCACCCAAAAACAAAAUCAUCUUUGUGUUAUGGCAGAUUUUAGAUUUACCUUUGUCAUACUAUGUAACAUACAACCACCUUUUGUUAAAUAAAAUUAGCGUUGCUUCUUUUCCAGCAAUGGAAAAAACACCUACUUUUGGAAUCUUUUUAGACAAUUUGUAGGCCAAGAACGUUUAGACAAAUUGUCCUGCUGUACAUAGUUGACGAUUAGAUAAAAUUUCCUUUGAAUAAUGUUCAAUGAAAACCUUUGGUCGAGCACAAUUGAUUUAAUUGAAAUGGUGGAAUCUUGUUUUAGUUCUCUUUAGUCUGCCUUUUCUGCGUUCCUCUUUAUUUGUACUCCUUUUUGAAAUUUACAGUGAUCUACCUGGCUUUUUGUGCCAUAGCCAUUCUUUCUUUUGCCAGACUGUGCCAGCACAUUAGUAACCAAAUCUUCAACAGUUAGCAACCUAGCUUAAAUUUUGAGAGGUACAGAAGGCAAGGUUGCAUUCAAUUCUAGUUUGCUUUAACCUCCCUUCAGUAGCUCUUUGCAGAGAACUACUUUAAUCUCCUUCUUUGAGCUAUGUUACUGUUCUCUGCUGCUUUGAUCUUCUUGCCUCUUUCAGUGUUGAGCUUUCAUAAACCUUUCUUUUAUAUCAUUCACUGUAGAUAAGAUUUACAAGGUUUUGGAGAUGCGUUUUUGAAAUAUGUCUUAGUAAACACUCAAAUGAUAAUAUUGGCAUCAGUUUCAUCUGGUUACUCCUGCCACAGACUUCAAAGCAUCAAAUAUAUCUCUUUCAAAACAGCUCCGAAAGUAAAUGGAAGAAUAUGUGUCAAGCAUAUAUGAAAAAUGUCAGAUCAUUAUUCAAUAUCUGCAUGCCUUGCACUAAGAAACAAUUGAUCAUGCAACUUGUUGUGCUUUUGUGGAUUGGGACAAACGACUUCAUGACAUAUUGUUGUGUGCUGUGUUUUAGCGGAAAACAGAAAAGAGAAAAAAGCAAUGAGAACCAUUUUUUCUGCUUAGUUGAGUGAAGAAAGUGGUUUUUUGUUUUUUGUUUUUAUUUAUUUUUUUGACAAAAACCUGAUUAAUUUGAUUCACAUGUUAUUCUCAUUUUUUUUUUUCUGAAUUUAAGAUGCUAUUUCUGCGCUAUGUUUCAAAGAAACAUUGCAUUUCAUGCUACUAAGAUUCUCUAUACAAUUUUCUCAACACUCGAAUUAGAUUUUAGUUUAUUUUUCCCUGGAGAUGAUAUGAUUGGUUGGCUGAAAACAUUGCAUGACAUAUUGCAAUCAGGAUUCUCAAUAAAUUGUUGUAGAUAAACUGAACUUGGAUUUGUUGCAGAAUCUCCAGGCUACAGUAAAGCUUUGUUUUCUGUACAACACUGCCAAUUGUCAGAAUACUUUUCAUUAUUUUUGUAAGGCCCUUCAUUAUAAUAAGUGCAUGCUGUGAUCUUUAUUGCAACUUCUCAAUUUCUUUAUAACUUCAUUGCCUAAUGAGCCAUAGGCCUUCAUGAGUAAAAGAUCCAAGAAUCCAAGGUGUCUAAUGUCCAUGUCCUGGUGAAAUUAAAUAUGCAAAA